AUGAUUGGAGGCGAACAAGAGCACGAUACAACACAGAAUGAUGACGAGCAUAAGCAGAACGAAGAUGAACACAAACAGAACGAGGACGAGCACAAGCAGAACGAAGAUGAUCACAAACAGAACGAGGACGAACACAAGCAGAACGAUGAUGAACACAAACAGAACGACGACGAACACAAGCAGAACGACGACGAACACAAGCAGAACGAAGAUGAUCACAAACAGAACAAAGACGAACACAAGCAGAACGAUGAUGAACACAAGCAGAACGAUGAUGAACACAAGCAGAAUGAGGACGAACACAAGCAGAACGACGACGAACACAAGCAGAACGAAGAUGAACACAAACAGAACGAGGACGAACACAAACAGAACGAGGACGAACACAAACAGAACGAGGACGAACACAAGCAGCACGAAGAUGAAACUCCAAUUCCCGGAUCCCCGCCGAGCAUCACUCCCGCUCCGACUCCGUGUAGCACCCCAUUUGCUGGAAACCCUGCUCAUUCUUCGCCGAGUAAUACCCCAAACUCUGGAACGCCAGCUUCAAGCAACCCCUCGACCGUUGGAUCAACAACACCGGGUUUCGUUCCCUCUGGAACUCCUGGUAGCAAUCCGACUUCAGGAAAUUCUGCUCCAGGCGUCGUCGACUCUCCUACGUCUGUUGGAGGCGAACAUGAGCAACACCAGGGCGAAAAUGAACAUGUACAAAAUGAAGACGAACACAAGCAAAACGAAGACGAACACAAGCAGAACGAGGACGAGCAUAAUCCGUACGAGUCCUAA